AUGGCGUUCGAAGAUCGUUGUAGCCCGAAUCAGGCCAACAGUCCUGGACCGGUGACGGGAAGGGUACCUGCCCCUCAUGCAGAGAAUGCCACCAACUACUGCCCACCGAGUCAGUAUACAUGUACAACGAUCGAUGUGAGGUACGAUAGAAACUCUUCUAACAUGACCAUGAUAAAAGUCCAACUGAACUCUCCACCACCGAGCCCCGAACAACACCAAAAUGAAAUAGAAUACCAAAACUACUAUAGACCAGAAACGCCGGACGUCAAACCAGUUAUAAAUCCCGCUGAGCGAUUCGAUCUGGACAAACGAGGUCGCCAGCAGCCGACGGCAACCAUAGCCUUUUCAAUUAGCAAUAUAUUACACCCUGAAUUCGGUUUGAAUGCAAUAAGAAAAACAAACAAAAUCGAAGGUCCGAAGCCCGUCGGGCCAAACCACAGUAUUUUGUACAAACCUUACGAUUUAUCGAAACAGACCGAAUAUCAGAAAUAUAGUUUUGAUUAUUUAAAGUCUAAGGAGCCGAGCGAAUUCGCCAGCUUGCCGCCGCUGGGCGGGCUACGACAGACGGUGUCGCAGAUAGGAGAGAUACAGAAAGAGAGAGAAAUACCAAAGACAAUAGAAUUACAGAAGAGACCAGACUCAGCCAGCUCUAUAGUGUCAUCAACGUCGAGCGGCGCGCCCUCUACCUGUGGGAGCACCGAUACCAAUAGUCAGACUUCACCCGGAAACGCUACGUUAUGGCCUGCCUGGGUUUACUGCACUAGAUACAGCGACCGUCCAAGUUCUGGUCCUAGAAGCAGAAGAGUAAAAAAGAAGAUGAAUCCAGAAGAGAAAAGACCAAGAACGGCGUUCAGCACCGCGCAGCUAGCGAGACUUAAGCACGAGUUCGCGGAAAACCGUUACUUGACGGAGAGGCGGCGACAAGCACUGGCGGCGGAGCUGGGCUUAGCGGAGGCACAGAUCAAGAUCUGGUUCCAGAACAAACGCGCCAAGAUUAAGAAGGCUUCCGGGCAGCGUAACCCACUCGCCCUACAGCUCAUGGCACAAGGACUCUACAACCACAGCACCGCCACAGAAAGCGAUGAAGGCGAAGAAGAAAUUAAUGUCACCUAA